AGGUUCAGGCAGCAGGAAUUGGGAAAGGACAGAGUGUCUUCUUAGGUGGACGUAGUCUGGUUGUGCUUGCUGGCUUCAUCGAAACAGGCUGUGGGAUGUGCGAAGCCACGUCUCUUUAUCUUGACACGGUUUCCUCAAGUCCGACUUUCUGGCUGCCUGGAAUGUAAGGUUUCCAAAGGUAGGCCAACGGAGGGUCGCACUGAUUGGCGGAUCUGAUGGGAGGACGGACCAAGCCCCUGAGUUCCGCCAUCCAUCCCUGCCAUCCUCGACUCGCAAUCCCUUCCGUGCCACCCUGGAACAGAGACAAGACAACUCCACUCUCCCUCUGCACCACGAGUCUUGGACUCUGGGCUCUGCUGGUGGUGUACCUGAGAUCUACCAGGCUGCAACAGCUGCGCCCGGGCUGGUGGCGAUGUUUUGACUGGCUGCUUCCACGGCCUGCGAAGCUACACUAUUACCCUUCAGUUUUAUUAUUAGCACCCGUCAGAUCCAUCUGUCAGCACGCCAUCACCGUACGUGUGUGUCCCCUAUUAACGAGGAAUGCAAUCCCAAAUACCGCCAUCACACUCGAAAAUUCGUCAAGGCGCGUCAAGACGCCGUCCAGCAUGCAAAAUCUCGUUAGUGCAAUUGGAUGGCAUAUCACUGCAUGCAGCUUUGGCCAUCCAAAAGUUGAAGCAACCACAUGUGCUCCAAACUGUGCGAGUCUGUGCAAACUAUUGUCAAACCCAAGGUUUUGCCUGCAACGAUUCCGGACUUGUUGGCAUUUCUCGCAUGGGAACCCUUGACAGAAUGCAAACCCUUAUUACGGAACGUGGACGUGGACGCACUAUAUUCGCAAUCCAUUGUGUGGGGGGGACCUUUGACAGCCUGUAAAUCGUGCUACCGCCACUGUUGAGGAUCUCCACUUCCCUGUUGUUGUCGACGACAAUUUGAUGGGUUUGGGGGCUUGCUACUGUCAUCAUGUCGGGAUACCACUCGCGCAUGCCCACGAGCGGUACAUGUCCAGACU